CCGUCGUCAGUUGUGUCUAGGCUUUCGUCGAGAGCAGACUGUUAGUGCGUCUGUCCGACAUAAACUUGUGUUUCAUGGUAACAACUGUGACUUUGACUUCAAUUAAAUUGACGUCUAGUGUUAAGGAUUACUAAUUCUAUAGAUUCGUUGUUAUUAAUGAUGAUUUAUUUCAAAUUAAUUGGAUAAACACACGAGUUUUAUUGAAAAUCAUUUCUGUUUGGUGUUGAAAAUAACUGUGAAGUUGAAAGAACUUGAGGUUUAUUCAGCUGUAAAAUGCUUACGUUGUAUUUCUUAUAAAUAAAUAUAUUCAGUGACGAAUUAUUUUCCCGCACAUUUUCCGAAACUCAAAGCAGCUGAAGAGCGUCUCUUGUUGUCUCACUCGCACCUGUUUCGCGCCGAAUCUGAGUCAAGCCGGUUUACGUCUGUUUUACCAACAUAGUACACGUUGUCUCUCUCUCUCGUUUUCCUUUAAUUUUGCUUCUCUAGCCAGCAUCCCGAGCCUGUUUGAUUCUUUGACAGUCGUUGGAGGGUCGGAAAUCAGCUUUAUUGAGCAAAACGACCGAGGGAUAUAAAGGCUAAAAGCAAACUAGGAUUAUGAGGUGCAGUAAAUGGCGCGCGGUCUGAUGACUAGUGAAGUGGUGGCGGGAUUUUCAAUAUUAACGCAUUAUACCGACCUUGCCUAAUCGCGUAAAUUAGUGCAGUCAAGUGGAAGAAAAUAAUUGAAUUUCAUUUAAUAAAUACAAUUACAGCCACACUUGAAUGUUUUUCACGUCGUGAGCACAUUUUGUUUUUUACCUUGUGGUUAUACUGUUUUCUGUGUGUGCGCAAGAGUAAGGGCCGUGUUUGACAUGGCAGGUCUCUCGUGAGAGUGCGCUUAUAAGCGACAAAAAAGGAUAAAUACAUACAUACCGAGGCGUGCUGAAGAGUCCGUUUAUACCGUUCAACAACGUGGCUUAAAGAUGUAUCCAAGUGCUGGAAUCAAUGCUGCUGCCGUUGCUGCAGCCGCAGCCGCUCGGCAUCCGGGUCCUCCACAACCUGGGCAGCCAUUUAAAUUCACAGUUAUUGAUUCAUGUGAUCGUAUUAAAGAGGAGUUCAACUUCUUACAAGCUCAAUAUCACAAUAUUAAGUUGGAGCUGGAGAAACUCGCCCAGGAGAAGACGGAGAUGCAACGCCACUACGUUAUGUACUACGAGAUGUCAUAUGGACUCAAUGUGGAAAUGCAUAAACAGACGGAGAUAGCAAAGAGAUUGAGCGCCAUCAUAGGACAAAUUUUACCAUUUUUAUCACAAGAACACCAUCAGCAAGUAGCCAGUGCGGUUGACAGAGCAAAACAAGUUACAAUGACUGAACUUAAUGCGAUUAUUGGGCAACAAAGGCCGGAUUUACCUAGAUUACUUCAACAAAUGCACGCCCAACAAUUACCACCAGGUGCUGCCAUGGGUCCCCAUCCAGGAAUUCCUGGUCUACCUGGUCUUGGACCUGGUGGAGGACUUCAAGUACCCACUUCAGCUUCUGCUGCUUUACUUGGUCUAGGACUUCCCCCUGGUGCUGGAGCUACUCCUGGUGCUGCUGGUGCACAUCCUUUAUCAAUGUUAGCUAAACCUGAUAUUCUUCGUGGUCAACCUGAUGACUUAAAACCUAAUGGAGGUCUAAAUCCUGCUGAAGAGAGGCAUAGAAACUCAAUAUCUCCUGCUGAGAGAGAAAAAUACAGCAGGCCCCGGAGUACUCCAGAUCCCUCACAUCAUGACCAUUUACACAUGAAGAAGAUGAAAAAAGAGGAUAAAGAUAUUGGCCAUCAAAGUGAUGGUGAAAAGAGUGAUCAAGACUUGGUAGUAGACGAUGCAAGUGAAGGUCCAACGAGUCCAGCAGCUAAUGGCACAUCAUCACCAAGAGAAAAUGGACUGGAUAAAAUGGGACCAUCGUCAGUAGGACCAAUGAGUGGGCAAAUGAAAAAAGAAGUUCCCCCACAAUCUCCAAGAAGUGGAACUAGUAGUAAUGCUAGUACCCCUUCUGCGAAGAAGAUGGAAGAACGUGAAAAACCCACGACACCUAUUUCCAAACCUGUAACGCCAACUUCUGCUGGUGGAAGUAGUUCUGGUUCAGGUGGUCUUAAAACCAGCUCAAGUAAACCUCUUGUAUCAGCUUCUGCAGUAGGUCCUUAUCCACCACACUAUCCACCUCCUCAUCAUCCACCUGCUGGACCUCAUGUCGACAUGCUCGGAUACCCACCGGGUGCUCUUAAUGGAUAUCCAGCAAGACCGCCACUUCAACAACUGUACGAUCCACACGGAGCGAUGAGAGCACCACUUGGACCCCUUGGAGUACCUGGCGGCAAACCAGCUUACAGUUUUCAUGUCUCGAGUGAAGGUCAAAUGCAGCCAGUCCCUUUUCCUCCAGAUGCGUUAAUUGGACCAGGAAUACCACGCCAUGCUAGACAAAUUAAUACAUUAACUCACGGCGAGGUUGUAUGUGCUGUAACCAUUUCUAAUCCUACAAAAUAUGUCUACACUGGUGGUAAAGGCUGUGUUAAAGUUUGGGAUAUUAGCCAAGGAGGUACAGGAAGUGUGAAACCAGUUUCACAACUCGAUUGUCUUCAACGUGACAACUAUAUUAGAUCAGUGAAAUUACUACCGGAUGGUAGAACGCUCAUUGUUGGUGGUGAAGCAAGUAAUCUCAGCAUUUGGGAUCUCGCGAGUCCAACACCAAGAAUCAAAGCAGAACUUACAUCUGCAGCACCUGCCUGUUAUGCCUUGGCCAUUUCACCAGACUCCAAAGUUUGCUUCAGCUGUUGCAGUGAUGGCAAUAUCGCUGUCUGGGAUCUCCAAAAUCAAACACUAGUGAGGCAGUUCCAAGGACAUACUGAUGGUGCGUCGUGCAUUGACAUCUCUGCUGAUGGAUCUAAACUCUGGACUGGCGGCCUUGAUAACACUGUUAGAUCUUGGGACUUGAGAGAAGGCAGACAACUCCAACAACAUGAUUUUACAUCACAAAUCUUCUCUCUUGGCUAUUGUCCAACUGGCGAAUGGCUUGCAGUAGGCAUGGAGAACUCUAAUGUUGAAGUAUUACAUGCCACCAAACCCGACAAGUAUCAAUUACAUCUUCACGAAUCCUGUGUACUAUCACUAAGAUUCGCAUCCUGUGGAAAAUGGUUCGUUUCAACCGGCAAAGACAAUCUACUCAAUGCUUGGCGUACACCCUACGGUGCCUCGAUAUUCCAAUCUAAAGAAUCAUCUUCUGUGCUCAGCUGCGAUAUUUCAACGGAUGACAAGUUCAUCGUAACUGGAUCUGGAGACAAAAAGGCUACAGUGUACGAAGUGAUAUAUUAAAAAAAUAAUUGAAGCCAAUUAAUCAUAUAAGAACUGAAAUAAGAAACACAAUUUGUACGCUUGUUAAUAUAUUUAUGAAUUAAGAAAUACCAUCAACAAAGUCAUAUAAAUAUAAAAAUUGGGAAAAUGUAAGAUUACUAAUAUAAAUCUAAAUAAUAGUAACUUAUACUUAAAAACAAAUAAUAAGUAAGUGAAGCACAAUACUUUUUCCCUCGUGAUAAAAAAAAUUAUUACAGAUAUUUGAUUUUAACUCGCGUGUGUUACCUUAGACAGUUAUAUAUCCAUUUCAUUGUGCUUUAUUAAUGCGAGCUUUUUUUACCCAGCAUUUAAAUUUAUUAUUAUUAUUGUAUCAUAUAACUGUCGCUGAUUUUUUAUUCUUCUUCACGCUUUGAUGAAUUCACUGUUCACUAAGAACAGAAUACUUGUUAAUGCAAUGAAAAUAAACAAUUACCUCAGCGUACUCUGUUAAAAUAAAUCAGAGAAAGCUACUUCAAGCCAGUGACUAUUCACUAAUGAUCAAUGCUGAGAUCUAUCACUAGUUGAAUCAGUGAUUAGCUUAGUACUGAAAGCUAGAAAGCAGUUAAUAAUCUCUAAUUUAUAGAGAUUUUCAUUGAUUUAUCUUGAAAGAGUAUGUGAAGAAGAAUAAAAAAGAAGUAGGAAGUAUGAAGUUAACUAUUAUAGUUAAGAGAUGCAAAAUAUGUUAGUAAAUGAUUUAUUAUAAAUAUAUACAUAUAUAUUUAGGUAUAAAAAUAAUUUAAGGAUUGUAUAAAACUUGAAAAAAUAGUUUAAAGUGGAAUAAAGUGAGAAAAAAUUCUCAAUGAAUAAUCGUGAUAAAAGUAGAGCCUUUGUAAUAUAGAACUUUAAUCCUUUGUGUACAAUUGCGAAUGGACUAGUGAAUAGAGAAUGAAUGUAGUUCACGUAGACGAGAGGAAAAUUGAUGAGAAUCUUUAUGACAGCGAAAGCAGAAGGUAUUAUUUGAAAUAUAUAUAUAUAUAUACCUAUAUAUACGUAUAUAAAAGAAUGAGGUGUCGAGAGUACUACAAAAAUCUAGGCUGGUCGACUUGUGGAUGAACGAGUACGGUCUGCUGAAUAAUUACGUGUACUAUAUUAUAAAUAAUAAUAAUACAAAUAAUAAUAAAAAAUAAUGAUAAUAAUAAUAUUAAAAGGUAAACGUAGAAAUGAAUAUGUUAUCUUGAAUAAAAACUAAAAAAUUAAUUACUUUCUUACUCCCAGAAAAUUUAGAGAUUGAAGAAAAGAAAUAACAAAAAAUAAGACGAAUAAAAAAAAUGUAAUCUUGAUAAAUCAGUGGCUAAUGUUUCUAUAUGGCCUACCCUAUAGUAUGUAUGUAUACGUGUGCUCUAGGAACGUUUAGAUUACAAAGAAACGAUUAAUUAGUGUGACAGGAGUAGGUCAUUAGAGCUGAUGCAAUGAUUAAAAAUAGAAUACGGAUUUUAACGAUAAACUUAAACUUGAAAAUAUUUUUGUGACUGUCACUGUAAUUUCACAGCUAAGGAUAAUCUCAUUAAGUAAAGAUCAGGGAAAAAGUAAGAAACAAGUCACACAGAUGAUGAAAGAAAUCAAGAGAAUUUAUUAGAUCUUUCAUUAAAGAGUCAAACUCGUGAAUGAGUGAAGUAUUAUGUCUCACAGGUGUUAACUCGAGGCCUCUUUAUAGAAUAUUAAUGCAUUGAAUAAUAAUGCUAACCACGUGAUACAAAUACAUACCGAUAUUUAUAUUUUGUUACAGGAAAAAUACAUGUCAAAAUUCUGCAGUCAUACAAACUGAUUCCUUCAUUCCUUUAAUUUAUCAUUGACUGCAUAUUUUGUCGAAGAAUUUUGUCAUAAAGAUUAUAUGUACUACUGCAUUAUUUAAAGUGAUGAAAAAUGUUUGAAUGACUGCAGAUCCAAUAAAAUAGACCAAUAGAAACAACAAUACCUCAAGAAGACUCAAUAGUUUAUUAUGGCUGAUGACGAAUUAACUGUACAAAAAGAUAUUCUUUUACAGUAA